GUUGGACACCUCGGCUUUAUGCCGAGUAAGCAGAGUGGGGCUGCUUGCUUGCCUGAAGAGGCUUUCCCCAUGGAGGCAUGAUUGGAGGAAGUUUAUUAACUCACCUGUUGGUCCUCUCUGGAGCACUGUGGCAAACGUCACACUGAUACAGAUCAAGAAGACUAAGUCAGAACUCAAGAUCUGUCCUGUUGAUGGGAGGAAACUGGCCACUGUUCCAGAUACAACAGAAUAAGAAUUUUGAAAGGAAUUUCAUUAGUCUGGAUGUGUCUGAACAGAAUAAACAGCAUAAACUGAGGCCUGGGGGGUUGAGCCCCACACAGAUCUACAACGUGAACCUUUGUUGAGAGGAAAGGGGACACUUUUUUUUGUGGUGACCAUCGGAAAGCAACUGAAUAAGGAAAUGGCAACUUCAGUUGCCACCAAGACAGCUUGGAAGCUGCAAGAGAUCACAGCUCAUAGCAGCAAUGUGUCCUCGCUGGUACUGGGCAAAAGUUCAGGUCGGCUGCUGGCAACUGGCGGAGAUGACUGUCGGGUCAAUUUAUGGUCAGUUAACAAGCCCAAUUGCAUCAUGAGUUUGUCAGGUCAUACAACGCCAGUGGAGAGCGUGCGGAUCAACACAAAUGAAGAGCUCAUUGUCUCAGGAUCCCAGUCAGGGUCCAUUCGAGUUUGGGAUCUGGAAGCUGCCAAAAUUCUUCGUAUAUUAAUGGGUCACAAAGCAAAUAUCUGCAGCCUGGAUUUCCAUCCAUUUGGCAGCCUUGUAACUUCUGGGGCCCUGGACACGAAUAUUAAGCUCUGGGAUGUAAGAAGAAAAGGCUGCGUCUUCACUUACAAGGGUCACACACAAGCAGUUAGGUGUCUCCGAUUUAGUCCUGAUGGGAAGUGGAUCGCAUCUGCUGCCGAAGAUCACACCGUAAAGCUGUGGGAUCUGACGGCUGGGAAGUUAAUGUUCGAGUUUACGGGACAUACAGGCCCAGUAAACAUUGUUGAGUUUCAUCCCAACGAAUAUCUCUUGGCCUCCGGCAGCUCUGAUAGGACAGUCAGAUUCUGGGACCUGGAGAAGUUUCAAGUGGUGAGCUGUAUUGAAGAGGAGGCCACGCCUGUCAGGUGUGUUCUUUUCAACCCGGAUGGCUGCUGCUUGUAUAGCGGCUACCAGGAUUCGCUGCGUGUGAAUGGCUGGGAGCCUGAGUGCUGUUUCGAUGUGGUCUUGGUGAGCUGGGGAAAGGUGGCUGACUUAUCCAUCUGCAACAACCAGCUGAUAGGGGUUUCCUUCUCCCAGAGUACAGUCUCCUCGUUCGUUGUGGACCUCAACAGAGUCGCCAAGUCUGCUUCUGUUCUUCCUGGGCUGAUCAAGGAUGAUAGGCCACUGGCUCAGCCCACGCCCACCGGCUCCUCCCUUCGACGCAUCUAUGACAGGCCGUCAACUACCUGCAGCAAGCCCCAAAGAGUGAAGCACAGCUCGGAGAGCGAGAGGCGCAGUCCCAGCAGUGAAGAUGAUCGGGAUGAGAAGGAAUCAAAGGCUGAGAUCCAGAAUGCAGAAGAUUACAAGGAGAUCUUCCAGCCCAAGAAUUCCAUCACUCGAACUCCACCACGAAAAAGCGAGCCCUUCCCAGCCCCCCCUGAGGACGAGCCUAUUGCCAUAAAGGAAGCAGCAAAGCCCAGCCAAGCGGUGAACGUUCAGACGCCAUUGCCAAACCCAGACAAUCCUGCGCCAAUUGCCUCCUCCACCCCUGUGACCAGAGCUGAGCCCUCAGUCAUUCCUGCAGCCAGGAAUGCGCCCAUUGGGCUGAAGGCCUCUGACUUUUUACCGGCUGUGAAAAAACCAAGCCAGUGUGAAAUUGUGGAUGAGGAAGCCAUGUCCCAGAUCCGUAAGGGCCAUGAGACCAUGUGUGUGGUGCUCACCAGCCGUCACAAGAAUCUGGACACCGUGCGAGCGAGCUGGAGUACCGGUGACAUCAAGACGUCUGUGGACUCUGCCGUGGCUAUCAACGAUCUUUCUGUUGUGGUGGACCUCCUGAACAUCGUCAACCAGAAGGCGUCUCUCUGGAAACUGGAUCUGUGCACUAUCGUCCUGCCCCAGAUAGAGAAGCUCCUUCAAAGCAAGUACGAGAGUUACGUACAGACCGGCUGCACCUCCUUGAAGCUGAUCCUCCAGAGAUUCCUGCCGCUCAUCACAGACAUUCUCGCCGCGCCGCCUUCCGUGGGGGUGGACAUCACCAGAGAGGAGAGGCUCCACAAGUGCAAACUGUGCUACAAGCAGCUGAAGAACAUCAGCAACAUCAUAAAGAACAAGUCCGGGCUGAGCGGCCGCCAUGGCAGUGCCUUCCGGGAGCUGCACCUGCUCAUGGCUGUCCUUGAGUGACAGCUACCUCCUCGUCCUCCGCAUGCGCAAACACCCUGGCGGCCCAGCCCCCCCGCUCCAGCCAGCUCCCCUCUGCCUCCCUGCACCCAUCCUGGUCCCCAGAGCACAGCAGGGAACUGGAGCCCCACUGGGCAGCUGGCUGCCUGCCCCACUCCGGUGCCUUGGGGCUGGCUUGCAGACCUGCCUGGAGAUCUGUGCGACGGGGGGAGGGCCUGGCUGGACAAGGACACGCAGCGGAGCCUGCACCUUUCUCCAGCUCUUGUGUGGCUCUCCCCUGCCUCCUCCCAGUCCCAUCAUCGGCACGCCGGCCAGCCGAGCCUGCGGGUCAGACCAGCUGGGAUGCUGCCUCUGGGCCUGGGGGCCUGCUCCGUUUUCCCUUUCCUGGAGCAUGGACGUGGCUUAGGACCAGCCCCUUCCUGGGUGAACUGUCGGAGGGUCGAGCCAAGACCCCUCUCAGCAGGAGCCCUCCUGGUCUCAUGCCUGAAGCCAUUUCCAGUGAGGGGCUCUGGGCCGUGUGGCGGCAGCCGGGUUACAGUCUAGCAAGCAGUGGGUGGGGAUGGGGCCUGGGGAGUUAGUUGGAAAUGGGGCUCAGCCAGGGCGUGCCUGCGUGUUUUGCCUUUGGGGAAGGCCUUGAGCUAAGAGUGGGUGGCUGGGUCCGGGGCAAAUGGACACGGACCAGGCUCCUUCCAGGCCCACGGGACUGGAGAUUUUUCAGUCAGUGGCUGUAAACCUUUGUCCGUUCUUGCUCCUUCCCUGGAGGCAAGGAGGCUCGUGCGCUCGGGGCUCCCUCCCCCCUGGAUCCACUGGAGCCUGCUGUCCAGGAGAGGAGCUUCCAAUGGCUUUUAUUAAACAGAUUUAUAACUUAUUUGGCAAA